GUCUAUCUCUUAUCUGAAUAUACUGUAGGGUCCAAAAAGCUGGUCAACCAGGUGUCAAGUUUUACGAAUAAUUUCUGCUUUUAUAAAGUUAUCAACCACGUUUUUUGCGGGUAAAAUACCCUGUAUAGUUUUUAAAUUAGCAAGGUAUUGUUGCUGAUAAGGAGGCUCGUUUGCGGUAAUAGUUAAACGAAUGUAUGAGAAGCAUAUCGUACUUUAUAAUGAUUCCGUACUCUCGAUAAUGAAAGUGUGUGUGUAUGAAUUAUAAAAAGUGAAAAUAAUUGUGCAGCACGUAACGGCGUCUUGGUUGUAUCGCUAACAGUUACCGACAAUGAUUUGUUUGCAAUAGAUGAUUUCUCUUUCAUCGGUGAAAUUUUGCUGAAAAUUAUUACGUAAAUAAUGGUAACAAAAAAGGGGCGUCAAGUUGUUUGACUCUGAGAAAAAAGUCAGUCAAACAGGUCCAUACAAUUGGUGCAUAGACAUUCUUUCACUGCCCUAAGGGUAGUGCAUCUGGAAACGUCGCGACGCCUUUCCCCGAUACUUAGGCUACAAAGGCUGGGCAACAACAAGAUGACCGGUGUCGAGAUGAAGAAGAAGAACGCGCCCGUCGCGGUAACACAAAACGGGAACAGUUUGCAAAGUACAAAAACGAAAUCGAAAGACGAGCAACAGAAACGGGAAGCGUUGAAGAAAGACAGAGAGAGCCUAGUUUUAUGGAAGAGACCGCUCACCACCGUAGAAUAUUUUUUUAAGGAAGUUUUUGUAUUGUUAUCUAGUCAUGGUAGAAAUAUUUUAUCACAUAGGAAGACAGUAGGUGUCGUUUUGAUCUCAGUAUUAAGUUUGUAUGUAUUAGUAAAUUCCAAUGGACCUCACCUGAACGCUGUGCAGAGGGUAUAUAAGAAAUUGGUGUGGUGUUUAUAUUGGAUAGGCUUAGGUAUAUUGUCAUCAGUAGGGUUAGGUACCGGACUCCAUACAUUUUUAUUAUAUUUGGGACCCCAUAUAGCAGCUGUUACCUUAGCUGCAUACGAAUGUGAAAGUUUGAACUUCCCUGAACCCCCAUAUCCAGAUGAUAUAAUAUGCCCAAAUGAGAAGGAUCCUUUGCUGAUUUCGAUAUGGAGUAUUAUGUCCAAAGUGAGGCUAGAAGCAAUGUGUUGGGGUGCAGGUACAGCUUUAGGAGAGUUGCCGCCAUAUUUCAUGGCUAGAGCUGCUAGACUAUCAGGGAUUGAUCCGGAAGAUGAAGAUGAUGACUUAAAAGAAUUAGAAGAAUUAGAAAAGAAAAAACAGAAUAGGGAUCAGUUGACUCUAGUUGAACGUGGAAAAUUAUUUGUAGAAGAAAUCGUACAGAAAGUCGGAUUUUUGGGAAUAUUGGCAUGUGCUAGUAUCCCGAACCCGCUGUUUGACCUGGCAGGCAUCACCUGCGGUCAUUUCCUGGUACCGUUCUGGACCUUUUUCGGCGCCACUUUGAUCGGCAAGGCGAUCAUCAAAAUGCACAUCCAAAAACUCUUCGUGAUCAUCGCGUUCAACGAGACGCUGAUCGAGAAAGCCAUUGAUUGGCUGAAAGUGGUUCCAGUGGUGGGGGCAAAACUCCAAGUCCCUUUCACGGCCUUUUUGGAUGGCCAGAAGUUGAAGCUUCACAAGAAGACGGCCGGAAACGUUCCAGAAGCGUCGGGGAACAUCCUCAGCGGGAUUUUCGAGAAAUUCGUCAUCGGUAUGGUGCUCUAUUUUAUCAUUUCAAUUGUCAACUCGUUGGCCCAAUCGUAUCAUAAGAGGAUACACAAGAAGCAUGCCAAAGUUAGCAAAGAUUAGUGAGGUACACAGUAUGGUGUGUAUGCAAUUUAUUGGAUAUUAUGAAUUUAUUAUUUUAGUUUUCCUGUAUUUUGUAAUAUUUGUUUUCCUGUUAUAUUUGUAAAUAUGUUAUUAGACCAUUCCUAUUUAAAAUAAAGGUUGUGUAGAUAAA